AGGAUUGCCAACAGUGCAGAUGGGACAGUGGCCUUCGGGCUGGGGCCUGGGUUUUGGUUACUAUUCAGUCAAAUUUCUGGCUUCGGGCUAGCCUCGAGCCGAGUAACGGAAAGCCCAUUCUCUUUUAGGUAUUGUCGGGCUAUAAUCGGCGUGAACCCGGUCCGAAAGCUCAAAAGCCCCUCCCUUGGUUCUCUCUCCCAUUGCAAAAGCCCCAACCAUACGUCUAUCUUUCUCCCCUCAGCCCGAAUGUCCCGGGGCGGGAGAAAUCAAAUAGAGAGAUCUUCUAGAUAUGCGAGGUUUGAAAGAGGGAUGGAGAGCAAUGGGAUUCCCCCCUCUCCUAUUUCCUCAGGAGAGCAGUCAGUUUGGGUCGAUGUCUCCCCACUCUUGGAAGCUGCCGGUAAUGAGUUGAAAGAAGGAGAACUCAUCCAUGGAGAGAAUUUCAGUUUGUUUGCCGCUAUGUCUGCAUUGGAGAUAAUGGACCCAAAGAUGGAUGCUGGCAUGGAAAAAUUUGGGUAUCGCUCUGUUGAAGAAGCUAUUGAGAAUGGUGCUGCUCCAAUCCCAUUCAGCACAGACAAAACUACUGAUAUACAAUGCAUUAUUGAUGUCAUGGACCACCUUUUGUCUUGUGAGGCAGCCUGGCACAAGGGUUAUCCACUUGCUCAAACUGUCUUCUCAUGCAUCUAUCUAUUGAGGCUUGAGAGGACAUCCUCACAUGCUCUGUUGCAUUCCUAUUGUAGAAUGAUCCGCACAACCUGUAAUUCUGUUCUUUCUGUCGUCUCUGAUGCUCGUACUCAUGAGGAAGAGGAUCUUUUCAUUAUGGCAUUUGGUCUACCACUGAAAGGAGAAGGUGACAAAAAGUGUUUGUCCAUGUUGAGUGCAGUGGAAGAAACAAUUGCUCGCCAACUCCGUGCCUGUAAAAACCCAACGAAGAAGAAGGUUCUUGGUGAUAUGGAGCCAUUACAAUCUAAUCCUGAUUUAGAAGAAGGUUAUUGCAAAGCUCUAUUAUCUCGUAUACGCUUCCGUAAGUACUACUACCAUGUCCUCAUGUGCAUGAGGAAAGCUCAAGGACGAGGUUUGGAGCUAGCUAGAAAGCACAUAGCCUCAUGCUUAGCUGAGCUAGCAAGUAUCUAUGGAUCAUCUGAAUUCCUAAUGGCAAAUGCCCAUGGAAUUCGUCAAGCUGUUAUUGAAGAUAGAACAACUGCUUCUGGAUGCCAACCCAUUGGUUUUCAUACUGGUUUAGAUAAUGUAGCUCCAACGCCUCCACGUGCUAUCAAAAUUAUUAGCUGGAAAAAGGCUCUCGAAUACUUUGAGAAGCUUCUUCAAGAUUUAGAUAUCAUAUGUUCAUUCCGGCUAGAUCCAUUGUUAGAGGAUGUUCUGCAGUUUGUGGUUCAAUUUCAGAAGUCUCAGCCUGAUUUGGUUGCAAGAGCUCAUCUACAGCUACUUCUUGUUCAAGACGGAAAGCUUUAUGGACGGGACCCUCUCUCAGAUGUGAUAUCCAGAGCUGCUUUAUCGCAAGUGAUAAAGGAUCAAUCGUUUCAGAAAAAUGAGUUUAUUAUACAGCUGGGACAGUUGGUGAUAAACUUGCUUAAGAUUCUUUGCACGAAUGCUGCAUGGCAAAGGCGGAAGCUUGGGAAGAUUUUGCAGGACUGGGGUGCUACUGCAGCCCAGCUGCAGCUGUCCUCGAAGAGAGAAGUAGACAAUGUUUUGAACAUCCGUGUUGAAGAGGAAGAAUCCAUGAAGCUCUCAAAGCAUCUUCUCUGUUGGACAGAAGAACAAACCUACUGGAUUGCUGGCCGUUUCCUUAUGUUAGGAUUUGAGCUGGAACUCUAUUCCCCUAGUGAAUACUGUAUGGUUUACUGGUAUCUGUACAUUGUCAUGUUCAAACUCCUAGAGAAAGCUCAACUAAGGAUAGUACAAACCAAUGAUUCAUCCAAGAAAAAGGGGAAGAAGAAAAGGGACCCACUAAAGGAUGGGGCAAAGGAAAUCCAAUAUCCGUCACACAUUUUACUGCUCCAGUGCUACAUUAACCUUUCUGAGGGGCUUGCAAUGAUGCUUGCAGCUUUGAGCAAUGAAAAUAGUAACUUCGAGAAGCCAAGUAUAUUUAAUACCGAGCAAGAGAGGUUCAUUCAGCACUUUGAGCUGCUACAGAAGGCACAUGUACCUGAGGGCGUUUCAUACAUCAUGUUUAAGGAUUUGAUGAACCAUGUAAACUUCUCAACAAUAAUGAGAUACAACUAUUUCGGAGCUGCCCAAUUAAUUGCAAGGGAUCUCAAGGGCAGGUUCUCCGGAGACCCUGAGAAAAUGUCUGAGCUUCGCCGUGUAGAACAGGUUGCUGAGCACAAUAAGAUAGCCCUUAACGUUAUUUGUCAAGCUGGAAUCAAAGAUCCAUCACUUAAAGUCUCUUUUGAGUUCACACACCAUGCUUGCUUUGCCAUUGCUGUUGUAAAAAGAUCCUAAACUUCUUUUUACUGAUCAAAUGAAAAAAAGUUAAUAUAUGUUCCCCCAAUAUAAGCAAGGGACAGUGAGCCAUUUGCCAUCUUAAUAUUGUUUGUUUAACUUCUGAGGUGGGUUCGUCAUCAGAUAAUUGCAGUUUUGUCGGGAAAAGCAAGGUUAUAUCAUCAUUAGCAAGAAGGCUAUGCCAAUUGUACCAAUAUCAACAUUUUUUCUCCCAAUGAAACAUGGCCUUUGGCAAGGUACUUCGAAACCAUUGUUUACCAAAUGUUCCAUCUCUCAGAAAGAGUGUUAGGAUGAUGAUAAGAAUUGAAUUGAAUGUUCCAUCUCUCAAAAAGAGUGUUAGGAUGAUGAUAAGAAUUGAAUUGUGUGGUAUAUUUAAUUAUUAUGUAAGUUAGCAAA